AUGGAGCCCAACGAUACCGAUCAAGGUGCUUUGGGAAACUGUUGGCUCAUGGCAGGCAUUGCUGGAUUGGUGGAAGAGCAGCCAGACCAAAAGAAUGGCUACCGAAUCAAGGCUCUGUUUGGUCUGGAUGGCAAUCUCACUUACGGUAAUGACGUUGGCGCAUACGUGAAUCGACUCAACCGCGCUGGUGUUUGGAAGUACGUCGUUGUCGACGACUAUUUGCCAGUGUGUGACAAGAGCCUAAAGCCAAUGUUUGCGACCAACAAACAGGAAGACAAUGAACUGUGGGUUGCCAUCUUGGAAAAAGCAUUUGCGAAGGUCUAUGGCAGCUACGGAAACUUGCAAAACGGGCGCACCCUGCAGGCUGUGACCGAAAUGACACAAGACCCCAGCACGGCGUUCGUCUUUGACAAGGCCACGGAACUUGUCCGAUUGUCCGAUGCCGCCAAGCCAGGCUCGUGGGACGAAGAAGAGGACAGCGAAGACGAGGAUGGCCCACUAGAAAUGAACCUAGACAGUUUCUUUGCCAAGUUGACCCAAUGGGACGAGCAACGCUUUGUCAUGUGCCUCAGUACCCCUGGAAAGGAUAUGUCUGGCUACAUGGAUCGAAAAGCAGAGAGUCACGAGAUUGCCAAGCUGCACAAAAUGUACCAACGCAUGGGACUUGAGACAGGCCACGCCUACACACUUCUGGGCGUGCGUCGAGUUAACGCAAUGAAUGGUAAUGAAUAUCGUCUGUUGCAAAUCCGCAAUCCAUGGGGCAAUGCCCGUGGUGAGUUUAGGGGCGACUUUGGUGACAAUUCGCCGCUGUGGGAUCAGAUCCAUGAGCAUGAUAAGGAGGCCAUGGGAUACACUAAACAAGACGAUGGCAUCUUUUGGAUGACUCUUAAUGAUGUCUUCAAGUACUUUUGUAGAGGAGGCGUCAGUUUCGUCAUGGAUUCCAAAUCUACGCUCAGCUGUCGAGGUUUAUGUUUGGAAGACUUUGGUCCAACUUUUGCCAUCCACCUUAAAAACAACACGCCUGGAGCUCAGAUCACUACCAUGGUCUCGCAAAUCCCAGCCCGUGGAAAAGGAUCCACGCAAGAUCUGCUGGGACUGAAGCUUCGACUUCUUCAAAGGCGAGAUGGUGACAAGUAUGAAUGCCCCACCAACGGCCAUCACAUAUGGGAGACAAAUUGUUUGCUGCGCUCGGAUGUUGGAUCUGCAUUUGCGUUGGAAAAAGGUGAAUAUAUCUUGACUGCGGCCACACGCUUUCAACGCAGAGGCAAGUUCACACUCACCGUCCACACUGGACCAAAUGUGAAAUGCGACAUGCAGCCUUUUAAGAUUGGUAGGGAUUGCAGCAAGGCUCGUUUCCUCAAUGCCGGCAAGAUGUUUAGUGGUUGCACGCACAGACCAUUUUCCAUUGAUGUCCGUUGUCGAGUGCAUGAGGAUGAUGUGGAUCAGUACCACUAUUAG